AUGAAAACGGUUACAUCAAUCCUCCUUCUUAGCACAAGUCUCAUCUUGGGGGCGGCCGCCACCAGUCCUCGCGUCCGGGGUAUGGCCAAUGACUUUGGAAAGAUCGAACCAUCCGCCAAUCUCACUUGGGAGCCUUGCUUUGACAAUUUCACAUGCUCUCGAUUGCAGGUCCCACUGGACUACGCAAAUAAUGGGCUGGGCAAGACCUCUAUCGCUUUUCUCAAACUCGCUGGCACGAAUGUCACGGCCGAAUCUCCGAGCAUCGUAAUCAUUCCCGGGGGGCCUGGAGCUUCUGGUGUUGACCUGCUUCUUUCAUCUGCACCCCUUGUGAGGCAGAUGUUUGGCGAACAGUACAAUAUCGUCUCCUUUGACCCUCGCGGUGUCAACAACAGCGGCCCAAGCCUCGACUGCUUCUCGGAAAACCCAGAAGCAAGGCUAGCCUUCAACCGGCUGCACAACACCGGUGUCACCAACGUCUCAUCAACCUCGCUCGAGGAGCAGUACUAUUCGAGUGCCAUAUACGGAGAAUGGUGCAACCACGCUGUCGAGACCGGGUCUCCUCAUGGCUACUACGUGACUACGCCCACCGUGGCUCGAGACCUGCUCACCUUUGUGGAAGCCGAGGCCCAGCUGGCUGGCAAAGCCCCUUCAGAGGCCAAACUGUGGUCUUAUGGCAUUAGCUACGGGACUGCCGUCGGCGCGACCUUUGCAUCCAUGUUUCCCGACCGAGUAGAGAGGAUGGUGCUCGAUGGGAUUGUGGAUGCAGAGCUGUACUAUCGCAAUGCAUACACCGCCAAUGUUGAAGACAUGGACAAGACAAUGGAGAGAUUUGUGAGCUCAUGCCACUCCGCUGGCCCCCAAAAAUGCUGUUUCUGGGGGCCUACGCCAGAAAACAUCACGGCCAGACUGGACAACAUUGUUCGUCGACUCCAGAACCACCCAGUUCCCAUCAGUGGAGCGCAAAGUCAAGAUCUGCCGACACUGGUCACCUACUCCGAUCUCAAGGCACUUUUUCUCACGACCAUUUACACGCCUCUGGCCUCUUUCCCAAUGAUGGCCGAGGUGUUGCAUCAAGUCGAGCAAGGUAAUGCAUCUGCCCUCACGGGAGCAUUUCAGCGGUCAAUCAUCAACUCUGAUGCAAAUCACGUUAUCCAAUGUGCGGAUGCGUAUCGCACAAACAGCCUGACUACCAUCGAAGACUUCAGGAGCUAUGUUGAAUACACGGUUCAUAAGAGCAAAUACAUUGGCGACAUCUACCCCAUUUACGUGGACAAUGUUGUUUGCAGGGCAUUUCGACCACAGCUACCCGAUAGCAUGGUGGUGGCUGAGCCGAAGAUUAGACUCGAUACGCCGACAUACUUUCCAAUUGUUUUCGCGAGUAAUACCAUCGACCCCAUAACGCCACUGAUCUCGGCACGAAGGAGCUCUUCGCGAUUUCCUGAAUCAGUACUUCUGCUGCAAGAAGCCCUCGGUCACACUGUCGUCAAUCAAGGGCCAUCCGAUUGCUUCGUUGAGCAUAUCCGGGCAUACUUUCAAGGCACAGUUCCCGCAUCCAACACUACCUGUUCGCAGCAGUAUACACCGUUCAUUGACAAGCCUUUCUGA